CAAAUUUGUGGGCUGGGGACCAUGGAAGUGGAGGAAAUCUACAAGCACCAGGAAGUCAAGAUGCAAGCACCAGCCUUCAAGGACAAGAAACGGGGGAUCUCAGCCAAGAAUCAAGGUGCCCAUGACCCAGACUAUGAGAAUAUCACCUUGGCCUUCAGACACCAGGACCAUGCAAAGGGUGGUCAUUCACGACCCACGAGUCAAGUCCCAGCCCAGUGCAGGCCACCCUCAGACUCCACCCAGGUCCCCCGCUGGUUGUACAGAGCCAUCCUGAGCCUGUACAUCCUCCUGGCCCUGGCCUUUGUCCUCUGCAUCAUCCUGUCGGCCUUCAUCAUGAUAAAGAAUGCUGAGAUGUCCAAGCAGCUGCUGGGCUUUAAAACGGAGCUUUGGAACGUCUCAAACUCCAUGCAAGCAUUCGAAGAGAGACAGAAAGAAGUCUGGAAGUCUGUUCAGGGGAACAUCACCACGGUCAGGAGCAAGGUGGAGAAAUUAGAGAUGCAAUUAGCAGGCAUAAGAAACGUUGACAAUAAGGUACAGAAAAUCUUGGAGUUGCUGCAGACAAAGCCACAGUCCCCACCUCAAUAAAUGGGAGAACAUUGUGGCAGCCAAAGCUAAAGCUUGGAAGAUGGGGCUGCAUCUGCUAAUGAAGAUGGGAAAUGACCCGCCUCCAGCCUAGUGUGAACCUGCCCCUCGUCCCACAUAUAGAAAACCUCGAGUCAUGGUGAAUGAGUGUGUCGGAGCUGCUCGUGUGUGUGUACACCUGCGUGCGUGUGUGUGCGCGGUGUGUGUGUGCGUGUGUGUGCAUUUUGCAAAGGGUGGACAUUUCAGUGUAUCCCCCAGAAAGGUGAUGAAUGAAUAGAACUGAGAGUCACAGUGAGUGUGGCACGCACGUCUGUGUCACGUGACAUACGUGAGUCUCGGCAUGUCACGGUGGGUGGCUGUGUCUGAGGACCUCUGAGUGUGGGUGUUGGUGACAUGCAUUGCACGGGCCUGUCUCCCUGUUUGUGUAAACGUACCCGAGUGUACUGUGGCGUGUUUUGUGUCUACACAUGUCAUGGUGGGGGAGAUGUAUCUCUGCACAUGUGGGUGUCACCGUCUGUGCCCUGCCACUGUGCCUGGGUGAACAGCUGUGUCAUUAUAAGUGUGCCAAGUUACGCCACCCUGUGUGCUCAGGGCACAUGCACACAGACAGUCAUUUAUCUCUGCACUCACAUUUUGUGACUCAUGAAGAUAAAUAAAGUCAAGGGAAAACAGCGUC